CGGCGAGUUUGGUGAGCUAAACUCACAGGAUUAACUAAGCAGAAAAGUGCUGUUUUACAUAUUUUUGUGCUCUGGCAACAAGAAAUCAUGCUGUGCUAAAAAAAAGUAUAUCCAGUAUAUCCAGCUCAGUUUCAACAAUUUGCCGAAGUAAGUCUUCACAAAGGAUAACUUGCUGCUUCUCACUUGGACUGCUUGGGAAAGAGAGAGAACCACAUGGAUGCUUUCGAGGGAAUUCACAGCGUCCGUAUUUCCUCAUCUCCACCGACUUCAGCCUCAUCCGCCCCAGGGUAUGAAGUCCUGAAGGCAGGUCGGUCGGGAAUAGCAGUCUACUCCUCUCCAGUUUUCUUUGGGACAUCUGCAGUCAAACACCAGUCCAGCAGGGUCACUGCGGAGGAACGCUGUGUUGUUGGACAGUUGGUAGAUCUGGAUCCAGAACCGGUGACCGUAGUGGAGGGAGGAAGCCGGGAUGGGCCCGUCUCAGGCAGGCCGCACGGCGAUCUCUGCCGGCUCCGCAGCUCCUCACUGGAGAUUAAAGAAAAAGAAAUCAGAGAGAAGGGGUCAGAGAUCCUCCGGGAACAGCUGGACGCAGCAAAGAUGGAACUGAAACUAAAAGACAAGGAGUGCGAACGUCUGUCGCAAGUCAGGAAUCAGCUGGAGCAGGAGCUGGAGGAGCUGACUGCCAGUCUGUUUGAGGAAGCCCAUAAGAUGGUGCGUGAAGCGAAUGUGAAACAAGCAGGGGCAGAGAAACAACUGAAGGAGGCUCAAGGAAAGAUUGACGUUUUGCAAGCGGAGGUGACUGCGCUCAAAACUCUGGUGCUGACGUCCACUCCUUCCUCACCGAACCGGCAGCUGCAUCCCCAGCUGCAGUCGUCGGGCUCCAGGGGUUCCCACAGGCGCGGUGUGGGCCACAUCCGCACCAACAGCGUCGGCACAGCCUUCCAGACCUCGUCUGGAAAACCAGAACCUUCUACUGUUUCCAUUCAGUCUGUGGCCACAGAGGAGCGAGAGCCUGCUGUCCCUGCUCUCCUCUCUCUGAUUCUCUGUCUGCUGCCAGGCCAGCCAAUCAGUCUAAAUGCUGGCCAGGACCAGGGAGAGGGGAUAGGAACUGAUAGCAAACAGAUGGACUCGGUUCUGUUUGCAGAGUUCUUGUUGUGGAGGGAACAUCCGAGCCUGGACCGAUCCUCCGCCUUCCUGAGCCGAGUUUACCGCGAAGACAUCGGGCCGUGUCUCUCCUUCACGAGAUCAGAGCUGUCCCAGCUGGUCCAGAGAGCAGUGGAAAACAACUCCCUGACCAUCGAACCUGUGGCCAUGUCGGCUUUACCGAUGGUGAAAGCAUCGGCUUUAGAGUGUGGAGGUCCUAAUGGAUUUAGGGCUUCAGUAGAGACAAAAUGCGCUUUGAGCGGCUUGUCACGAGUCUGCCAGCAUCGCAUCAAGCUGGGAGACAAGGGGAGCUACUAUUACAUCUCUCCAUCAAGCCGAGCUCGGAUCACGGCUGUGUGUAAUUUUUUCACGUAUAUUCGGUACAUCCUGCAGGGCUUAGUGAGACAAAAUGCGGAGCAGAUAUUCUGGGAGGUGAUGCGACUUCGCAGAGAGAUGACCGUCGCUAAGCUGGGUUUCUACCUGACGGACCAGGGCUAAAUGACUUCCCAGCCAGACUGAGUCCUGAUUAGUCACAAGUCUGGGAGUUAGAGAAGUCUGAUUUCAGUUCGUGACCAGAUUGUACAUCGUUAGUGAAGGGAAGCAGGAAAUGUGCUACGUUUUGGGAAUGUGACGAGAAAAUCAAACCACCUGCUGCAUUAUGACCUGAAAAUGAUUAUGGGGUUAUUGCGGCGGUAUCCCCCCCCCCCCUGUUGUCUCCACUUAUGGGCUCCAUUAGGAAAUGGGAAGGGUAUUAUCUGCUAAAGAAAUGUUCUGCAGAACUUCUUAUCGGAGCUCAAUAGAUGUAUUGUUAGAGUGACCCAGCAGACCAGAACCACUCCACGGAGUUUGUCUCUUACUUGAAAAAUUCAGCGACAUUCAACACGUCUUCCUACAUCUUCAGUCUCUGGUGUGUGCAUGCACUUCCUGCUCUGCAUGAAAACAUCAUAAAAUAGUCACCUUCAGCCUCUUGCAGCUCCAUGUGGUUCCUUCAUUUAAUCAGACGUGUUCUUAUUAAUCACACCUUUACUCUCAGCAGUCACAGCUUUUACGUUGUACAGAAGAUAAGAGCUUUAUUGCAGUUAAUUACAAUGCUUCAAAUGUACAUUUGCACUCUUCAAUGAACAGAACUAUAAACAAGCCAUAAAUUACAUAGCCAUAUUAGAUCAUGAUUUACCUCAGAGUGUAAAUUUGUUAUAGUAGCCCACUUUUGUUUUGGGCUAACAAAACAUGAAGGAUUUAGUGUGCAAUACUUGCUUCUUGGCCAAAUUACUGUCUUUUUUUUAAGUCAAUGUAAUGAUGAGUAACUAUGGAAACACUCCAAUAAACAUAAAGCACUGUUGCUUA